AGCUCUUUCCGGUUUAAGAUUUCGACCAGCGUGCUUGUUCUCGCCCGAGCUAAGGCCAUUUUUUAAAAACAAAUUAAUUUUUGGCAACUUGCACAAUAAUUAAUUAGUCACAGCACUUCGACAUGUCUACCAAAGCCGAGCUCGCCUGCGUCUACGCCUCCCUCAUCCUGGUCGACGAUGAUGUCGCCGUCACUGGUGAGAAAAUCAACACCCUGCUGAAGGCCGCCAACGUCGAGGUGGAGCCCUACUGGCCUGGUCUGUUCGCCAAGGCCCUGGAGGGAAUCAACGUCAAGGACCUGAUCACAAGCAUCGGAUCCGGCGUUGGUGCCGCCCCCGCUGCUGGAGCUGCCCCUGCUGCCGCUGCUGGUGGUGCUGCUCCCGCUGCCGAGGCCAAGAAGGAAGAGAAGAAGAAGGAGGAGGAAUCCGACCAGUCUGAUGAUGACAUGGGCUUCGGUCUGUUCGAUUAAGCAGUCUCCGAAGGAUGUCCAAGAACCCGCAUACCGACCUGACAUCUGUUGUGUU